AUGAAACCAGAAUUAUGCAUCUUGUUUUACUAUGCCUUUAAUAUAGCCUCGGUAGCAAUACCAUUCGCUUUCAUAGCUUUUACUAUUCAACGGUUUUGCUUACUUUUGUAUCAUACAAAGCAUUUCUUCAAAACUAAACGAUGGAUUGUACUAUGUAUCGCGGGUCACUGGCUUGCCGAGUUUAUCAUUUCCUUACCGUUUGUCUUUCGAACAACUCGAAAAUGUACGAAUGUGUUCUGGAUGACAGUUUAUACACUAGUUACAGCUGUACUCUUACCUUCAUUGGUUAAUUUUAUAUUGAAUAGUAUGAUUUUUGGUCAUGUGCGAUCGUCUACUCGUCGUGUUCAACCGCAAAAUCCAAGUGCAUGGGCAAGUAGAAUUACUACUCAACAGGAAAAUCGACAGCAAGCACCGAAGAUUAGUCGACGAGAGAUUUCCUUACUACGACAAAUGAUUUUUAUGUUUGCNGUUUAUACAUUAGUUACAGCUGUAGUCGUACCUUCAUUGGUUAAUUUUAUAUUGAAUAGUAUGAUUUUUGGUCAUGUGCGAUCGUCUACUCGUCGUGUUCAACCGCAAAAUCCAAGUGCAUGGGCAAGUAGAAUUACUACUCAACAGGAAAAUCGACAGCAAGCACCGAAGAUUAGUCGACGAGAGAUUUCCUUACUACGACAAAUGAUUUUUAUGUUUGCAAUGUUCAUUGGAGGAUGGUCUCCUGUUUUCAUCGUUGAUAUUUUCCUUCAAUUGGUAAAUGUCAAUACAAUGAUCACAGCUGUAACAAUCCUGUUCGGUGAAUAUGUUUCCAAUAGAGCUUUAGUUUACGAUGAAAACAUUCGACCGAAUAUAACUCGUCGGAAUAUGGCGAAACCACGAUGGGCAACGGUUCGUCGGCUUAGUUCAGUGAAAGAAAUUCUUACUUGA